AUGACUCAAAAUGAGAAUCCCACGACGAGUGUCGGGGAUCAGGUGGAAAUAAGCUGUCGCUUCGGUGAGCGAGUGAUCGUCGAUCGCGGUCUCCUGAGGAAUGCCAGCGAGCUGGAUGUCGACGCCCCGGCAAAACUCAUCGUCACGAACCAGCCUUUCUAUGCGGUUUACUCGGUCACGCGAAUGCUCACCGGCGGUCAAAGGAUUCAGCUGACCGUAGACAAUGUCAUAGACUUCUGGUCGACGGCGAAAACAUUGCGACUGCGUCCGCUGGUCGAAAAACUCGAGAAUUUCGUCGCGGAGCAUCUGAACGAGAUCGCUCGCGUGAAGAACGAGAUGCUGAAAAUCGACGACCAGUUCCUACAAAGACUCCUGGAGAAACGGAGGAGCCAAUGUGUUCCGCGGAUCCUGUACCGCUGGUGGAGAGCUGACAUCAAGAAUCGUCAAUUGGGUUUCGUCAAACUUGUCAGCAAGUUCGUACAGCAGAAUGGGGACGAAACGCUCAGUGCUUCCUCAGAGGAGUCGAACGUUUUGAAGAAAACAGAGGUCCUCAAGAAGCAGCCGGCAUCGACGUUUCCGGAUAUUCCUGCAAAGAAUCAGGAAAAAAUUCCCUCCUUGGUCGAUCCCGCUCUCGAACCCUGCCCCACUCCAGCAGUGACUAGGAGUUCGAUCCUCGACCAGCCGGUCCCUGAAGACUGCGGAUUGGCGGAACCUGUGAUAGCGACUGCUGCCGAAUCGGUAGCUGCAGCGGAUACGAAGCCGAUCUCGGAAGCGGAGCCUGCGAGGGAGAUGAGUUCGCCGAUUGAAAUUGCCGACGUCAACGCACUGCCCUUCAAGUUGAUCACCGUCGAGCCCAUUCCCGCGGUAUCGGCAGGUGACGACAAGCCUCCUAGAGAACCCGCAGGGAAACCUAGUGCUCCUGAAGGGGGGAAAACUCCGGAUGUCGCCAAGCCUCAGUUCCUUGGCCCGGGCUCCGGGCGCAUCGGAUCCGCGAAACUACCCGCUGCUGAGACCCUAAGUCGUCGGAACGGCAUCGUGACCGCCGCACCGAAGGCUUCGGCAGUGGAUAAGACCGUUUUUGAGAAACCAAUAUUUGCCCACCGAGCGAAAUCUGCAAUCAAGAGCGUGGAACCUCUGGCGCCCAAGAGCGAGCCUCCGUUCCACCCAAACAAAGUCAUCCUCUUGGAGAACAAGAUAUACGGCUUUCGCGGAAACUCAGUGAAACCGUUGGUUUCGAUCGGUCGAGAUAUCCCUCGGCGGAAUCCGACGAUUGUCUGUAAUCCUCUCAGUAGAUUCUACGCUGAGAUAGACUGUCACGGAGUCUACCGAACUUUUUUGAACAACAUCGAGACGUCGAUGAAAUCUCAGAGAGUUCGAGCCAUCAUGACCCAACUAGACGAUAACGAACCCUUGCUCUGGAUGAGCGAUGGGAGUUUCCAAGCUAUCUUCGCGAAGAAGCUGGCCCCCUGUCCGAAUGAAAUUCCCGACUCGAGCCCCUUGAAAAAUCUACCGAGCCCCCCGCAUGAGGGUUGGCUGGCGAGGAUGUACUUGGGCGCUGACUGUGCCUUGCUCUACUAUCAUUGUUGGGGUCUAUACGUCCGACGGAGGAACGAGGCUACGUGGAGACUCUGCUGCGAGGAGCUUUUCAUCGAAUACUUGACCCCGAUCGGACGAUCGAACACGUUCUUCGUUCUUGCUAGACAGGGAUCCUCAUUCGUUUUGUAUAGAACGAGCGAUCUCUAUCAGAGCGCCGAAACGACGUUCGCAGCAGAAACCGUCGUUGAAAGAUGGGAUCCGUUCGCGCGAUGCGACGUGGUCCACGCAGCAUCUUCGGGAGUCAACGUGGUGCUAAAAAUCUCAAAUUGGAAAACCUCAGUCGAAUAUUUCGAGAGAUUGAAUAUCUCGAAUCUGAACGUUGUGAGCCUGCUGACCGCGAGCUGAGAUGAACAAAAUA